CUUCCCCAGCCAUCGCGACGGCGGCCGCCAUGAGAGCCCUCCUCUCCCUCUCCAAGCUCGCCCGCCGCCUCCCCACCUCACUGCCCGCCACCAGGACCGUGCCGCCCCUCCUCCUCCGCCACCUCCACUCCGACCCCACGCCUCCUUUCCAAGCGCCGCCGCCCUUCGUCUCCCGCAUCAUCGAAUCCGAAGAGAGCCCGAUCCCGAGCACUGAUUCGGAACAUGCCCAGCCCGAACCCGACCCGGUCCUCGACGAGUUCCUCACCCGCUUGGUCACCGCGCUCCGCCCCACCCUCGCCGCCGCCUUCCCCACCCACACCCGCCCCGUGCUCGACGAAAUGCUCCGCCUCAUCGCGGAGGCCGUCCUCAACCGCCUGCCCGGGGCCGACCCGGCGCCCGGCACCGUCGAGCUCAGCGACGACCUCUGGGCGACCGUGUGGGAGGUCAGCGCCUCCGUGCGCGACGCCAUGCGCCGCGACCAGGUCCGCGCCGACCUCCGCAACUACCUCCACUCCGACGACGUCAAGGAGAUGACGCGCUUCGCCGUCGAUGCGGGCAUCCGCGGCUCCAUGCUCCGCGAGCUCCGCUUCAAGUGGGCCCGCGAGAAGCUCGAGGAGGUCGAGUUCUACCGCGGCCUCGACGUCAUGCGCGCCCAAGCCGACGCGGCUGCUGCGCCUGCCGCGCUCCCGCCGCCGCCGGCGAGGCUGUCGGCGUUGCCGCAGAGGAAGGGGGAGGUCAAGUUCAGCAUGUACGGGCUGGACUUAUCGGACCCGAAGUGGGCUGAGGUGGCAGAGCGGACCGCUGAGGCCGAGGCGCACUUUGUGCCUCAGGAGGCCAAGCCUGUAGAGGGGAAGGCCAAGAAGGCCGAGGAGAAGCUGCUGGCCGUUGAGCCGAGGAAAGGAGACCCGCUUCCUGCCAUGGAGGAGUGGAAGGAGGAGCACCUGCCAAAGCGCGUUGACUGGAUGGCGCUGCUUGAGCGGGUUAAGGCCCGCAACGUUGAGUUGUACCUCAAGGUUGCUGAAAUUCUUUUGGCUGAAGAAUCCUUUGAUGCAACCAUCCGGGAUUACUCCAAGUUAAUUGAUCUUCACUCUAAAGCAAAUCAUGUGGAAGAUGCAGAGAAGCUACUUGGUAAAAUGGGAGAGAAGGGUAUUGCAAGUGAUAUCCUCACAAACAUGACUUUAGUCCACAUGUAUAGCAAGGCUGGCAAUCUUGAACAAGCCAAGCAAGCGUUUGAAUGUAUCCAAAAGGAGGGUCUCCAACCAGAUAAUAAACUCUUCACUUCAAUGAUUAGUGCCUGUAUCAAUGCUGGAAAGCUAAAAGAAGCAGAGGAUUUGGUAAAAGAAAUGAACAGCCUUUCCAUCAAACCCAGCAGAGAAAUAUACAUGGAUGUGAUGCGGGCCUAUGCUGAGCGUGGCUUGGAAGAUGGGGUUAGUAGGAUGAAACACGCAAUGACAUUUGCUGGACUUCCGCCCACGUUGGAGUGCUUCUCAUUGCUUAUAGAAGUAUAUGGACAGACUGGUCACUCUGAUAAAGCAAGGGGAAUGUUUGAACAGUUGAAGAUGAAUGGGCAUGAACCAGACGACCGUUGCCUGGCUGGUAUGUUGACUGCACACAUGAAGAAGAACCAGCUGGACGAGGCUUUGCAGCUUCUGCUGAGUUUAGAGAAGGAGGGGAUUAAACCUGGUGCUAAGACUAAUCUUGUCUUGCUGGAUUGGCUGUCCAUGUUGCAGUUGGUGCAAGAGGCUGAACAGCUUGUACAGAAGAUAAAGAAGGCGGGAGAAGAGCCCAUAGAGAUGCAUGUUUACCUUGCCGGUAUGUAUGCAAAGUCACACCAGGAAGAGAAAGCCCGCAGAUCCCUCAAGGUCUUGGAGGAGAAGAAGAAACUAUUGAAGGCUGCUCACUUUAAGAGGAUUACAGGAGACCUUGUCAAAGGGGGUUUCUUGGAAGAUGCAAACAAAUAUUUCAAAAUGAUGAAAUCUCGUGGCUUUGUUCCAUCAGAAGAACUAGAGGGCGAGAUUACCGCCAAGGUCAGGCGCCGUUCGGCCGAUUGACAGGCAUCGAGGUUGAGGCUUGCAGCCUUGUAAUCAGCUGCCCAUGGCUGCACUGAUUCUGGUGUGAAAAUCUUAAGUAGCACCAACGGCAGCACCAGUCAAUUUAGACGAAUGAUAUUAUGAAGGUUCCAAUUAUCAGGUGAAUUUUGUUGUUACUAUGUCUGUAGUCCAUAGCUCAGAUCAAAGUCCAUGAGCGCGUGUACUCUGGUGUUAUAGUGCCUUGGAUGUUUUUGCCCUAAUAAAUCAAGACUUGCACAUGUAUCUGUUGAAGGAAGUAGAAUUGAAUCUUCCAGAUUGUUCCAAAAAACAGACUAUCUUUCAAAUGCAAAUGUAGAAUUGAAUCU